CCGUGUCCACCCCGUGUCCACCCUGUGUCCACCCCGUGUCCAUCCCGUGUCGGUGCCCACCCCCUGCCCGUGCCCCUCGCGGGUCUCUGCCCGUCGCGGGUCCCUGCCCUCCGGGUGUCACGCACCGCGGACACGUCCCACCGCCGGGACCUGGUGUGUGUGUGUGUGUGUGUCCCUGCGUGUGGACACGCGUGUCCGUGCCCUCCCCGCGGGGCUUUCCAUCCCCGCAUCCCGGUGUUUGCCUCCCCGGUGCGCGGGUCCCGCAUCCCGCCGGCAGCGGGCGGGGGGUCCCGGCGGGCGCUGUCGGUGGGCGCGGGGGCCGCGCUCCGGGGCCGUCUCGUCGUGUCCGCGGGAGGACCCGCCGUGGUGCUGCUCCAAAAUGCACAGGACCACCAGGAUAAAGAUCACCGAGCUGAACCCCCACCUGAUGUGCGCCCUGUGCGGCGGCUACUUCAUCGACGCCACCACCAUCGUGGAGUGUCUGCACUCCUUCUGCAAAACCUGCAUCGUUCGCUACCUGGAGACCAACAAGUACUGCCCCAUGUGUGAUGUCCAAGUGCACAAAACCAGGCCCCUCCUCAGCAUCAGGUCGGACAAAACCCUUCAGGACAUUGUGUACAAACUGGUCCCGGGGCUUUUCAAAGAUGAGAUGAAGAGGCGCCGCGAUUUCUACGCCGCGUAUCCCAUGGCCGAGGUUCCCAACGGCUCCAACGAGGAUCGAGGGGAGGUGUCCGAGCAGGACAAGGGGAACCUGACGGACGACGAGAUCGUCAGCCUGUCCAUCGAGUUCUACGAGGGCUCCAGAGAGGAGAAGAAAGGCACCGUCGAGAACGGGGACCUGGAGAAGGAGAAGAGCAACGGGCUGCGGUUCCUGCGCUGUCCCGCGGCCAUGACCGUCAUGCACCUCGCCAAGUUCCUCCGCAACAAGAUGGAUGUACCCAGCAAGUACAAGGUGGAAGUGCUGUAUGAGGAUGAGCCCCUGAAGGAAUAUUACACCCUGAUGGACAUCGCCUACAUCUACCCCUGGAGGAGGAACGGCCCCUUGCCUCUGAAAUACCGCGUCCAACCCGCCUGCAAGCGGCUCAAGCUGUCCCACCCUGCCCCCUCCGAGGGCACCAACACCAGCGGCGCCUCCGAGUGCGAGUCGGGCAGCGACAAAGCUCACAGCCCCGCCACGCUGCCCGCCACCUCCUCCUCCCUGCCCAGCCCGGGCACCCCGUCCCACGGCUCGCCCAGCUCCGGCACCGGCGCCACCCUCAACGGCACCUCGAACUGCCACCCCCUGGCACCCACCGGCGCCCGGUGCCGCAAAACGACUGUGAACGGCAGCGCGGGCUCGGCCUUGACCUAAAACCCCGCCCGGCAGGGACUGCCCCGCCCCGGCUUUUCUUAUGUAGAUUGUUCUAUACACAGACCUUAUAUAAAUAUAUAUGUUGUACAUAGGGAGAGAAGAAAAAAAAAAAAAGAAAAAAAAAGAAAUAAUUAUACAUACUUAUUUUCUAUCGACCGAGCAGAUUAAUUUAAAAAAAAAAACAAACAAAAACAAAAACGCAGAACAAGACACAGGAAUGUGGGUGGGUAUUUUUUAAAUGUUCUCUUUUUUUUUCUGUUUGUUGGUUCGUUUGUUUGCGGUUGGUUGGUUGGUUUGUUGGUUGGUUUUGGGGGUUUUUUUUUGUCAUUUCUCGGUUUGUGGACUUUGGUUUCCCCUCCUGGGAGCUGCAUGCCGGAGCUGGGAGCCACGCAGGUGCUGCCACAAUUCCCUGUUUCCUCUCUAACGGUUUUCCCUCUCCUCCUCCUCCCUCUCUCCUCGCUCGGGGGACUCAGUGGGGACUCCUGGCUGCACAGGUAAGGGCCAAGCACAGGUAAGGGGCCAAGCACAGAAGCCAAAAACUGCCCCUCAGCCUCGCUGUGCUGGGGGGUUUUUUGGGGAUUUUUUUGCAUUUUUGUGUUUACUUGGGGGUUUUCAGGCGCACCUGGUGCCCGCAGCUGCCCCCUGGUCCAGGUGUCCCACCACCCCCAGCUUUGCCACGCAUGAGUUUGGGUCUUUCUUUGCUUCCCCUGUGUUCUCUGGACACACAGUCCCCCUGUGUUUCAGGCUCUGGGCAGGCAAAGCCUCGCACAGACACUUCCCCUCCUUGCACAGUAAGUUCUCUCUUUGGGGUUUUAUUUCCCAGCUUAAAAAUUAUCUCUGCUUGCAGCUUGCUGGCACUGGGGGUUGGAGGACAACCCUUUGGGGAUAUUUUCUCCUCCCUGGGGGUGCCAACAGCUCCAGGAAAUUUGGGGGCAUCCAAAUGGUUGGGGGUUUCAAAUCCAGGAGGGUGUGGGGACCCCCCAGGGCACUCAUUUCAAAGCGUUUAUUUUUUGGUCUCCCCCCCUCCCCACCGUCCUUCCCACCCUCUCCUCCUGCCCUCACACUGGGUUUUUAAUAAAAUAAAAUACAAAAAAGCAGACUACAGUGCCUUUAGCCAGGAGGCUUCGGUGAGGGGCGAGUGUGGGAAGGUCCUGCCGUGCUUAGGGCGGGAGUGGAGCGGCCCCGAGGGGAGGGACCAACUUCCCACACGGACAGAAAAAAAGCACACGAGCCCCGGGGGAUGCAGAUCCCAAGGGUUCCUCUCCUGUCCUUGCUGGGGAGGGGGAUGAAGGACACAAAACAAUUAUAGCAAGUGCCUGCAGCGCCCGACGGCCCCCAGGGCACGGUGAGAACCAAAGGAAGGUGGAAUUGUAGGGACAGCCCCGACUCCCAGGCUCGGGAAAACACGGGAUGUUGUUACUGUAGCUCUUGAUUUGGGACUAUUGUUUUUGGGAAGUGCUGCACCCCCAGCACGGACUCGGCUAUAGCACAGCCCCAGGCGCUGGGGAGGCCCCGGGAAGGGUCCCCACGGGGCCACUUUUGUCUCUUGUCCCCUUCCCUGGGCUGGGGCUGGGCCGGGGGGCUCCAGGUUUUGGGGGGGCUCUGUUUGUCUCGACUUUGACCCCCCUUUUCUCCUUGUAAAUAGGCCAGGCUGGACUGUGGGAGGCGGCUGCCUCGGGCUGGGGUUCGUGUGGGGCUGGGGAGGGGGUGGUCUGGUCUUGGUUUUCCCUCUGUGGUACAAACCCGAUGGCUCUGUGUGUUUGCAUCCUGUACGGCGUUUUAAUGUCCUGUAAGAUAGCCCGGUGUCCAGGUAUUGUUCUUGGUUACACAUUUGUAUGGAUACAGCUUUGUAAAUGUAAUAAAUGCUGCAGACUGUC